AUGAAGUUCGUACGCGAACCGCAAUCCAACCGAAGUACCAAAGUGUCCAGUCUAGUGUCGUCAAGAAACAGUGUGCCCGUGCGUGAAUCGUCCUCGUCGUCAUCGUCGUGCCCCUUCCGGUCAACCCUAGCGGAGUCGUCCAUCGCGCGAAAUCGUGCCCCAGGAGCAGGAGCAGGCGUUUGGUGUGUUUACGCCGUCGGUGUCCUUGUGCUGACGUUUUUCGUGGUUCGCGGCUCGGGUGAUGUGUUCACCGUCGGCUAUCUGACCGGUUCGCAACGACGCACCGGUGAUCGGGUCUACGAUAGGCCGGGAUUACAGAUUUCCGGUGCCAUCACGCUGGCCAUGCGCGAGGUGAACGAACGGUACUUCAGCAAGCAUGGGCACGAGCUGCGCUUCGAAGUGGCGGAAACGUACGGCGAGGAGAUGACCAGCAUCCGGAAGACGGCCGACCUCUGGACGCGGGACGUGGUCGGUUACCUGGGACCGCAGGAAACGUGCGUCCACGAGGGCCGAAUGGCGGCCGCCUUCAAUCUGCCGAUGAUUUCCUACUUUUGCACCCACAACGAAACGUCCAACAAGAAACACUUCCCGACGUUCGCCCGGACUCGACCGCCGGACCUGCAGAUCUCCAAGUCGGUCGUGUCGCUGCUGCUCGCCUACAACUGGACCCAGGUUAGUUUUUUGUAUCGUGCUUCAGACAACGGUGAGUUCGACGCGGUGGCGGAAACGCUCAAAACUACGCUCAAGUCGGCCAGCAUCCGGGUCCGGACGGUCGCCACCUGGAGCGACGUCUACCACCACGGCUACGCCGGCAAUCCGUUCGACCGGCUGGUAGAGGAAACGUACGCUGACACGAGAAUUUAUCUGGUGCUGGGCUACCACUACGAGCACGUGGGGCUGCUGGUGAGUCUUCGGCGCAAGGGGUUGCUGCAGCACGGCGACUACUUCGUGGUCGGUGUCGACAUCGAGCAGUACGACGCGGGGCUGCCGACGAAGUACAUGCACGGGCUGCUGCAAACCACACCGGAUCCGGAUGCGGUCGAAGGCUUCCGACACUAUCUGGCCGUCGUACCGUCGGCGCCGGUUCGUUUCGAUGAGUUUGCGGUGCAGGUAAACAAAUAUCUGGAGCUACCACCGUUCAACUACCGAAACGCGUUAAUCUUCUUCGGAGGCGUUAAACAGAUCCGGGCGGAAGCGGCCUAUCUGUACGAUGCGGUCCAUCUGUAUGCAAAUGCGCUGAUGCAAGUGCUGCAGGCGGGCGGCAGUCCCGAAAAUGGGUCCGCCAUCAUCGACGCGAUUAAGGGCCGGGCUUACAUGAGCGCGAUGGGCUAUCUGGUGCACAUCGACGAGAACGGUGAUGCAACAGGAAACUACACGAUCCUUGCCCGGAAACCGGUCCCCAGCACCGAGCCCGGCCAGCGCUACGGGCUGUUUCCGAUCGGACGGUUCAGCUCGCCGUCCUUGGACCGCAUCCCGGAGAUACGUUUGUUCGGCACAAUCGACUGGGUCGGCGACGGGCCUCCGGUGGCCGAACCACGGUGUGGGUUUCGCGGCGAGAAGUGUAUAAGCUACACGGGAGAAAUCACGGGAGGCAUUGCUGGCGGGGCGCUGCUGUUACUGGGCGUCGUUUCGCUCGUCCUGUACCGGAACUGGCGCUACGAGCAGGAGCUCGACAGCCUGCUGUGGAAGGUUGACUUCAAGGAGAUCCAGAUGCACGAAAACGAAAAGGAAACCGCCGGCCAGAAGAUGACCCGGACAACCCACCCGCUGAUACGCACCAGUCAGGUCAGUUUGAGCUCCAACCCGGAUCUGGACUUCCGGUACUCUACCAUCUUCACACCGAUCGGGCUGUACAAGGGCCAGCUGUACGCGAUCAAGAAGGUAAAAAAGAAGAGCAUCGACAUAACGCGCGAAAUGAAGAAGGAACUGAAGCUGCUCCGGGACAUGCGGCACGAUAAUCUGAACGCAUUCAUCGGGGCCUGCACGGAGCCACCAAACAUCUGCAUCAUCACCGAUUACUGCAACCGCGGCAGCUUGAAGGACGUGCUGGAAAACGAGGACGUCAAACUGGACAACAUGUUCACCGCCUCGAUGGUGGCGGACAUCCUGCGCGGGAUGAUCUACCUGCACGAGUCGCCGCUCCGUUUCCACGGUUCACUGCGGACGGCAAAUUGUUUGAUCGAUUCUCGCUGGGUGGUGAAGCUGAGCGACUUCGGGCUGUUCGCGUUCAAGCAGGGCUCCGAGGAGGUGCCGGACGAGAAGGAAAAGCUGGAAGAGACAUGCCAAAAACUGCUGUACCGGGCGCCGGAGCUGCUGCGGGCGGGUCCAGCGGCCACCGUUCCCGGCACCCCGAAGGGUGACGUCUACUCGUUCGGGAUCGUCCUGUACGAGGUGUUCACGCGGCGCGGCCCCUUCGGCGAGAUCGAGUGCACGCCGAUGGAGUGCCUGAAGCGGGUCCUGAACCCGCUCGAUCCGAACACGCCCUUCCGGCCCGCCAUCCAGCCGCUGGAGACAUCGUUCGACUGUGUGCGUGAGUGUUUGCGCGAGUGCUGGGCCGAGCGGCCGGAAGAUCGGCCCGACUUCAAGACGAUCCGCAACAAGCUGCGCGUCCUGCGCAAGGGCAUGCGGCCCAACAUCUUCGACAACAUGAUGGCGAUGAUGGAGAAGUACGCCAACAAUCUGGAGCAGCUGGUGGACGAGCGAACGGACCAGCUGCAGGAGGAGAAGAAGAAGACGGAGGCGCUCCUGCUGGAGAUGCUGCCGCGGCCGGUGGCGGAGCAACUCAAGCGCGGCCACAAGGUCGAGGCGGAGAGCUACGAUCUGGUGACGAUCUAUUUUAGCGACAUUGUUGGCUUCACGUCGAUGUCGGCCGAGAGCACGCCACUGCAGGUGGUCGACUUCCUGAACGACCUGUACACGUGCUUCGACUCCAUCAUCGGCCAUUACGACGUGUACAAGGUGGAGACGAUCGGGGACGCGUACAUGGUCGUGUCCGGGCUGCCAAUCCGGAACGGGUUGAUCCACGCGGCCGAGGUGGCGUCGAUGUCGCUGCAGCUGCUGGAAGCGGUGGCCGAGUUCAAGAUCCGGCACCGGCCGAACGACCGGUUGUUCCUGCGGAUCGGCAUCCACUCGGGGCCGGUCUGUGCCGGGGUGGUGGGGUUGAAGAUGCCCCGCUACUGUCUGUUCGGUGACACGGUCAACACGGCGUCGCGCAUGGAGUCGACGGGCCAGCCGCUCAAGAUCCAUUGCAGUUUGCAGACCAAAGAGAUCCUGGACUCGCUCGGGGGCUAUCAGUUUGCGGAGCGCGGCCUCAUACCGAUGAAGGGCAAGGGUGACCAGCGUACGUUCUGGCUGGUCGGCGAGGACGCGGAAGCGCGCGCCCGGCGCACGAAGGAGCGGACCGAGCGGCGGGGCUCGCGGGCCCUCAACAAGUACCUCGGCAUGCUGAAGAGCGCCACCAACGUGCCGGGGGUGCGGAGCUCGCUCAAGAACCGCUCGUUGGCCAUGGCGCUCGGGAUGCCCCGAGGGUCACUGCCACGCUCGUCUAGUCUGGAGUCACCGAAAAGACUGAGGUUCGCCAGCGGAGCCAUGCUGGAGCAACACCGUUACCAUAGGUACAGCGACGACGCCCUGAUGGAGGUCAUUUCGGACAGCAGCAUCCGGCGGUCGGACUACAGUGUUUCGGACGUGACGGAAGACAUCACGGCCUCCUGUCCCUGCAUCGAGCACCUCGGUCUCGAGAGCCUCGCCGAACCGGCCUAUCUGCUAACGAACUGCCCCACGGUGACGACGCCACUGCUCAACAACAGUAUCGCCACCUAG